GGGUGCCGGUGUCGCUGAGAGAAGGUCGCAGGAGGCAGGGUACGUGUUGUCCCGUCGGUCGCUAUGAUGCUGGCCACCACUGUUCGCCGUUUCACCACCUCCGCCCUCCGCAGAAGCCACUAUGAGGAAGGCCCGGGGAAGAACCUUCCAUUUUCUGUGGACAACAAAUGGCGACUACUUGCACUAAUGUGCGGAUUCCUUGGAAGUGGAUUUGUUGCCCCUUUUGUUAUUGUCAGGCACCAGCUUCUUAAGAAAUGAAGACCGUAAUUGCAUUAACUGGAGCUGAUGUCUUCUACACAGCCUCUUUCAGUGGAAGGACAGCUGCAGUUGCAUACCAUGCCGGAUAUGACUAAAUAAAAUCUUGAAUCUGAA